AUGCCACAUAACAGGCUGGUUCACAAUGUAAGAGCUCAUGGUAAUGGGAAAAGUGGAUUGAAGACAGGUUAUCAGCUAGAGACCAGGGAGCUGGGGAUGGAAACGUUUCUUCAGGUUUUGCAAGUCAAAACCCGGGAGGCCCACAUGGUGACCAGGAUGUUUGAAGUGAAGAAUCUCGUCUUUGUUCUGAUGCUGUGGGGACUGUGUUCAGCCUCACCUGAGAUGUUUGAAUCGCCAGAAAUGGUGAACAAAGUAGCAAAACUACUGACGGAGGAGUGCACCAACUCUGAUGUUAGGACCGCAGCUGGAUUCGCAAAUUUUCUCCAAAGUGUCAAGUGGAAACUGUGCAAUCUGAUCAUAGAGUCAAUGAAAAAAACCUACGGUGACUUCAGCAAACCCCCACAGUGGAUGUCGAUGCCACCAGGAUGGAAUUCAACUGAAGACGACAUAUGGUGGAAGUCGAUGCCACCCAGGUGGAAUUCAACUGAAGACGACAUGUGGGGGAUGAAGGGACCACACAGAUGGAAUUCAACCGGAGACUAUAUGUGGUGGAAGUCGAUGCCACGCGGAUGGAAUUCAACUGAAGAUGACAUGUGGUGGAAGUCGAUGCCACCCGGAUGGAAUUCAACAAAAGACGACAUGUGGUGGAAGGCAAUGCUAUCCAGAUGGAAUUCAACUGAAGACGACAUGUGGUGGAUGAAGGGACCACACAGAUGGAAUUCAACCUGGGGCCACAGAUGGAAUUCAACCUGGGGCUAUAUGUGGUGGAUGAAGGGACCACACAGAUGGAAUUCAACCUGGGGCCACAGAUGGAAUUCAACCUGGGGCUAUAUGUGGUGGAUGAAGGGACCACACAGAUGGAAUUCAACCUGGGGCCACAGAUGGAAUUCAACCUGGGGCUAUAUGUGGGGGAUGAAGGGACCACACAGAUGGAAUUCCACCUGGGGCUAUAUGUGGGGGAUGAAGGGACCACACAGAUGGAAUUCAACCGGAGACUAUAUGUGGUGGAUGAAGGGACCACACAGAUGGAAUUCAACCAGAGACUAUAUGUGGGGGAUGGAAGGACCACACAGAUGGAAUUCAACCGGAGACUAUAUGUGGGGGAUGGAGGGACCAUACAGAUGGAAUUCAACCGGAGACUAUAUGUGGCCCAUGGGAGUUGCAGACAAGGAUGGUCCUAUGCCCAAGAUGAACAUCUCCAUGUUCCUGCAUAUACUGUACUACACACUAAGGGACGAUGAGUAUGGCUCAGCACUGGAGCGCUGUGUGGAGGGCAGCCGGAGCUCGGAGAUGGCCUGGACCACCAUAGUGAGCAACUUCAGCAGGCUGCCCCCCGACCUACUCCCCCAGCUGCUGUGGGGAGCCAGGGGCUUCCUCCUGAAGGCCGAGCUAGAGACCUUCCGCAGGCUGCCCAGCACCAGCAACUUCUCCCAGAUCGAGCUCAUGAUGGAGUUUUUCGGUGAGAGGUACCAGGAAUUGAGCAAUGACGCUCGAAGGGAAAUCUUCCAGUGGGCAAGACGGAGCCUGGUGGCAGCUCAGUGCCAGGAAGGGAAGGACCACCAGUCCAUGAAGCAGACAGACCCUCCACCCAGCAGGCGGACCCGGCCCCCACCAGGUAACUGUGAGAAACUCCAGAUGAAUAAUAACACUCUGGAGGUGCUGGGAAUGUUCAUCUUCGAUGCACCUGACGAGGAUUUUGCACGAGUCCGUCCUCAGCAGGUCUGCGACCUCUUCUACGAGGAGGACUUCCCACAGAAGCUUCCGGGCAUGGAGCCCAAGCAGGGCAAGCGGCUGCUGGCUCUGCUGAAGGUGCACUGCGACCGUGCCCAGCUCAGGAACAUCACGCGCUUGGGAGCGUUGGCUUGUUUCUAUGACGAAGCAGAGUCCCUUGACAAAGAAACGGCAGAGGCACUUUUGACCUACCUGAAAAGCUGCAAGAACAAGAAUGCCCAGAAGAACCUCGCUAAAGUAUUCAAGGACUUGGCCAAAAAGCAGCCGCUGGACAAAGAAUUCCUGCAAAAGAUGGGACCUUCUGCAUCUGCGCUCUCCAGCAGGCAGAUCGCCAACAUCAGCGACCGGGACAUCCCUGACAUCAUCAGCAACCUGAGCCAGGGGAAGGGCUGGUCAAAGCGACAGUCCAAGAUGCUGAUUAACAAGUUCCUCCGGGGUGGAGGUCAGGUCUCCUCGAGCUCGGAUCUGGUGAAGAUGGGAAGCCUGGUGAGGGGGCUGAAUAGCAAAGUGCUUCGCAAUGUGAGUGGUGAGCAGCUUCUGCAGGCAGCCAAGGCGGGGCUGGAGGAGGAGGCCAGAGAAAUGUCGCCCUUCCAGAGGAGGACCAUCGUGACAACGAUCCUGCAAGGGGUGAACAGCACGACUGCCCUCGAGUCGCUGUCUGGGUUGUUGGUGAAGGAACUCCCCCUCCAAGCCUUCCGGACCGCCGACGUCAGGAACCUGCAGAACCUGACGGAGAAACCGUGGAACCAGGGCCAGGCUCUUUAUCUGUGCAAAAUCGUCUUGACUAAUGGAUCCAUGACACCCAGUGAAUUCAGUCAGCUGGGGCCCCUGACUCAGGGCGUGACCUGCGAGAUGCUCGCUACCUACAGUGACCAGUUCGGGACGCAGAUGGGCCAGGCCCUGGGCAACACCACGUGGCUGUCGAGGAGCCAGUUGACGUGUGCAGGGCAAAAGCUGAAGGACACCAUUAACAAGCUGCCAGCAAGUGUUAACAGCCAGACAUUGGACACCUUAUCGAACACCAUUCCUAGUGCAAUCCUGCUCUACCUGGGGGAACAGGCGAUCAGCCGUGUCUACGGCAACAACUGCAGUGCGUUCCUGGGGCGGAUGGCAGAGGUGGACCUGCAGCUGCUGCCGUGGAGUUCUCCGGUCCGGGGCUUGCUGCUGGAUCGCGCCCUGCGCUGCUUGAACCUGCCUCUAUCUGCUCUGAAUGGAAAGGCCGUCACUAAACUGGGAGCGCUGGUGUGUGGCUUCACGGGACAGAAUAUCACGGAGCUGCCCGAGGAUGCCUUCAACGCCUCGCUCCAACAGCUCAUCAAGUGCAAACAAUUCUGCCCAACUGCAAGAAGCAUCCUGGCCAGGAGGCUGCUCCAAACCCAGGGAGAUGCCUCUCAGUGGACGUCGGACACGGUGACCUCGCUCGGGCCCAUGAUAACCCUGCUGGAUGAGCAGACUCUGCUGCAGCUAGCCAACACGAGCGACGUUAAGGAAGCCCUGCUGGACGUGGCGGCCUCCCUCCCCUCGCAGCCCCCCGACACCUCUCCGGAAUUCCAGACCGGCUUCCACCUCGGCAGCGUGAGGAAGAAAAUCUUCCAGAUCCUCCAGCAGGAGCUGGCAGCGGAGGCUGGUGCCCGCAGGAGGAGGGCAGCGAGUCCGUGCCCGGUGCAGCCGAGCAGCGAGGAGAUCCAGGAGCUGGGGGAGGCCAACAGUGAGUGGAGCGCCGCGGAGCUGGCGUGCAUGUCGGCGCAGACCUUCGAGGACACGGUCGACGUGCUGGGGGCCGUCGGCGGCUUCUCCAAGGAGCAGCUCCUGGCUCUGAAGGACAAGGCCAUUGAGACGUGGGGACCAGUGUCCGGCUUCACCCCCGACAACAUCGCGGCCCUGAACUGUAUCAGCACCACGCUGUUGCCGAGCGAGCUGGGGACCCUCGACCUGAGCUCUAUCGACACGCUGGACGCUAUCUCGGCUUGUCAGGCAUGGACACAGGAGCAGCGGAGCGCUGUGCUGGAACGCUGCCUGACCCUCAGUGGGAUAACUGCCACUUCCAUGCAAUCCUUCGAGCUCAGCGGGCUGGGGAUCUUCGCCUGUGCGAUGAAUCCAUCCUUCAUCUCCCAGCUACAGGACAAAGAAUUCAGCUUGGCAGCCGGGAGCCUGGGGAAGCUGCCCUGCGGAUCCGACACCCUGGAUGCACUGAAGGCCAAAGCGGUCCGCGUCUUCGGCAGCAUUUCCGACUGGAAGGAAGCGGACUUCACAGAGCUUGGCACCAUCGCUGCCGGAGCCAGUGCCAAGGACCUGAAGAGCCUGGAUCCCACGAUGAUGCCGUUCAUCAGCAGCCAGGCCAUGAGUCUCAUCCCAGCCGACAGGUUCCCGGCCCUGUCCGUGUCCCAGCUGAAGAAACUGUCGCCGGAGAGCGCGGCGUCCAUCACUGAGGCUCAGCUGGCGCAGGCGAGCGAGGAGCAGCGGGCUGCCGUGAGGGAGGCACUGGGGAUCCCCACAAUGACAAAGACCAGCAGCUAUUGGUCUCCAUCCCACUCUCCGGGACUGGGCUCCUUCAGGCUGUCUGGCGUGACUCAAGCUCUGCUGACGCUACUGCUGCUGCUCCUGAGCCUCCCUCUGUCUCCCUGAAGAAGGCGUGAGGUUCCUGCGGCCUCUCUCGGCCUGCGGCGUGGAACAGCGGGUGGAUUGUAACGCCGUCUCCCAGGGCUGUGCGUGAAGGAAAACUUAAUGAAAGCACAAGGCUUUUUUAAAAAUGAUUCAAGAUGCUGAUUAACUAACCGAGACCUCGAAUCACAUGGAAUCUCUGUAGUAACUCAUCCUGUGUGUGCAGUCUAGGAUCAGCGCUUCAUUAAACCAUCUACAUUUCACUUCCCAGUCUGAAGGUUUGUCCCCACAUUCAUCCCACAGCACUGCAUUCGGGAAUCCCUCAGUCUCUCGGUCUCCCUGGAAUACACUGGUCCACACCCCCAAAUUAUUCCGUGUUAACCUCCACCCAUUCCUGUCCCGGG